CACCAGCACCCGUCCAGCGUCUCACACGCCGGCCUUCAUGUAGAUCCUGCAAACACAAGCGAUGCAGCCCGCUGUCUGUGCAGCAAAAGCAUCUCGUUGCAUGGCAAAACCAGCUGCAUCCACCAUGGCAGACGACGCUGCCACCCGCCUUGAAACCGAACUGGAGCUGCUAGACGCCAUGUAUCCCCAUCAGACGCACUAUCACCCCAAGUCACGGGAAUUAAGCUUCUCCCAAGAUGAUCGUGCCUCGCUCCUCCUUCGCUUGCCGGAGUCGUAUCCGGCAUCAGGGUCGCCCGAUAUCAUCUCUGCGACUGACGCAGCCAAGAACGACCUGCGGAUGCGCAUUAGAGAUGCCGUCACAGGGCUUGGACUGGCCCAAGGGGAAGAGGCGCUCGAUGCCAUCCUCGCUACCUUUCAGCACAUGCUCAGUUCUGCUCCUCCUGAAUCAGACAUCGGCUCAACCGCAGGUGCCAACCAGAGUCCAGACACCUCCAAGACAGUCAUUGUAUGGCUGCACCAUCUUCUCAAUACCAACAAACGCAAACUUGCACUCUCACCUCCAUCCUCACUGCCACCCGUAUCUGGGCUCACCAAGCCUGGAUAUCCCGGCCUUCUUGUCUACUCCGGCCCCUCCGUAGCUGUCACAGAGCAUGUCAACACACUAAAAGCACAGAACUGGCAAGCGUUCCAGGUACGGUAUGAAGAAGCAGAGCUCUGGCACUUUGCACAUGGUGCCGGCGUCAGAGAGAUGGAGACUAUGAGCCAUAUCGUCAAGGGCGUCGAAACAGAAGGCGCCAUUGGGGUAACGCAGAAAGAGGAGCUUCUCAAGGCUAUAGGUAUUAAAUAAACAUUCCACCAGUUCUCUGUUCCACUUCUUCCAAGGGCACUUUUUUAUUCAUUGACGUGAUUCCUGGCUCAAGUAAUUGGUAGGACCUCCGCUUAUGGGAUUUUCAUCUGUAUUUUUGUAGUGACGU